AUGUUGAACGAUUCCAGUCUUUGUGAUGUAAGCAUCUCAAUAGAAGGAACAGUUUUUUGGGCUCAUAGAUGUAUUCUGAUAGCUGCAUGUCCAACUUUAUUUGAUAUAAUUGUUAAAGAAUCUGAAAACUCUCAGAAAAAGACUGUUCAGUUAACUCUACAAGGCCUUUCAGUGUCUGGAUUUAAUGCUUUGCUAUUAUAUGUUUAUACUGGUCAACCACCUGAUGUAAAUGAUGAAUCUUUAAUGACUGAUUUUGUUAAAUCUUGCUGUGCACUUGGCGUAUCUCUUCCUGUAACAAAGAAAAAUAAGGACUUUCAUGAUAAAUUGAAGCAAAUACAGAAAGACACUGAAAUAGUUGUGGAAGUUACAGAUGUUUCAUAUAACAAACACAAUGAAUCUGACAUCACAGCAGAAUCAGAAGGUAUUGACAAUGACCAUGAUGUAAGCCCACAUGACAUCAUUGUUGAUGGUAUAGUGGAUGAGUUAAAUUCAGCUGAUGAGUUUGACAAAGAUUUACGUGAUGAAAUUGCGAUGCCUGAAAAGGAAAAGACUGAAGUUCAACCUCAACAAAAUGUGAUGCAUCAAAAAGAACCAGGGAGAGAAGAUUUUAAUUUGCAGUCACUAUAUUCUGUGAAUCGAAGAAUUGGAAAAACUGAUGUUACAUCUGAAGCCUCAACAUUGCUUUCAAAAUAUCCGAGGACACAGAAUCAUGAAAGAUCUUUAGUCGAAAAUGAUUCAAUAUCUCCAGUUGGACCAGCACUUUUUUCUGUGAAGCGAAGGAUUGGAAAAACUGGUGUUACAUCUGUAUCCUCACCAUUGCUUUCAAAAUAUACUAAGAUACAGAAUCGUAAGAGAUCUGUAGUCGAAAAUGAUUCAUUAUCUCCAAGUGAACCCGUUGUCCAUUGUCGUUGUCCAUUUGCAGGCUGUGGAAAAAUGUUUGAAACCAUACCCAAAAUGAAAAAACAUCGAUAUAUUCAUGGAAAGAAAAAACAUAUCUGCACUGUAUGUGAAAAAAAAUUCUUGAACAAGAAAGAUCUUAUUAACCACCGCAGAAUUCAUACAGGAGAAAAACCAUAUGAAUGUGCUGAAUGUAGUAUGAAAUUUACCAACAAAGUCAAGCCAGGCUAUCUGUCAGGAAGCAAUCAAGCAAGCACAGCCCUGAACUUAUUAAUGGCGACGAGGUGA